CUGGAAGGUAGGAGAGUCCGAUCUUCCGUCAACCUGGACACUGGAACAUCAAAGGCAAUCAAUCGCAUCGAGUCCCCUGAUAUCCUACAGCAUUUUGAACCAGUCAACAGUUGUUUUCCUCGUUUCUGUCAUAACACUGUCUCUAGACCACACGGAAUCUCUUUAGCAGUCUGGUAAAACAACCCCCGCCAUGGUUUCCGAAGACCGCCAGCGUGUCAUCGAGACCAACCGGUCUCUCCGACUGAUCAAGAAUGAGCUCGAAUCCCUCCUCGAGAAAGGAAUCAUAACCGACACCGCCUUCGACUCCAUCACCGCCCUCCUUCCCGCCGAAACGCCCCUCUCCGGGGCGGCAGCAACCCGCACUCCCGCGCCCGCAACGCCCGCCUCGACAACGAGCCUCCCAUCGCAAUCGCCCGCUCCUGCCCCGCAACCGCCGUCCUACGCGCAAUCGACCGCCUCCCCGCCGUCCCUGCCCGCGCGCAACCCGCCUCCGGCCACGGUCCCGGACAAACCGGUCCUGGUCCACGCCCGCGCCCUGUAUACGUACCACGCCUCGGACGCGCGCGACUGCUCCUUCGAGCGCGACGACCGGAUUGCCGUGCACGAGUACAUGAACGCCGACUGGUGGAUGGGGCGCAACCUGCGGACGGGCCAGGAAGGCAUCUUCCCGCGGAACUACGUCGUCGUCGACAGCAGUGUGGACGAGAAGCAGCAGCAGCACCCGGCACCCAGUCCAGCGGCAGGAUACUAUCCGGUUGCGCCGGUUCCCGUCAGCGGAUACCAUGCCCCCCCGCCGGCGGCGCCGGUGGGCCAAUGGCAAGGGCAGGACCAGCAGCAGCAGCAGCAGCAGCAGGAUGGGGGUAACAGUAAGCUUGGCGAGCACGGCAAGAAGUUUGGUAAGAAGCUGGGGAAUGCGGCCAUCUUCGGAGCGGGGGCGACGAUUGGUAGUAACAUUGUCAACUCCAUUUUCUGAGUAGGAAGUUAUCAUUGGGAGAUGGGCUUGGGAUUGUUCUCGUUUCAAUCGAGUCGGGGCUGAUCCAGCGGAUUGUGGUUCAAAUUACUAGAUGGGUGAAUAGAUGGGCGUUGUGAUCUGGCGCUGUAGGAGUAUUGAUUCUUCUUAUAUACAUAUCUUCUUGCUAU